AUGCGACUAAUUUUAGUCGAAUGCUUUUGGAGAAUAGCGCUUUGCAGUCGACUACGACAUAAUCAUUCGAGUUUAGUCGCACACGACUUCUUGUCGAUCGAUCUCGAGAAUAAGAUCCCUGGCCAUAUUGGACGUAAUGGAGCCACCGCCUAUGGCGUGUUGCGUAGCAGAGUAUAUGUUUGUGUAUCCAUGUACUGCCGUGGCACGGGCGGUUCCUUCGUGGUCAGUCGCCGUUUGAUGACCGCUUUCUAA